AAUUUAAUGAACCUGAAGAAGUACUUAAUCUUUCUACUAACUGCUGGAUCAAAUUUGAUGAAAAGCUAUACAAAAAGCUUUUACAUAAAGGCUACAAAUACACUAAAGAUCUUUUACAUUAUUUAGAAGAA